AUGUCAAUCAAACCAAUCGCUAUUACUGUUCCUCAACCUUCUACUCUGAGAGGUCAAGCUAGUCAUAUCUCGUAUGAUCCAGUCAAUGAAAGAUUGGCAUAUGUCAACGGCAAAUCGAUUAUUGUUAGGCCCGUGGAUUUCAAAGCUACCGCCCCUGUGAUUUGUUUCAGCAAGCAUAUUUGCAACACCACAGCUGUCAGCUUCUCACCUUCAGGGUUCUAUGUUGCUUCUGGGGAUGAAUCUGGUCAAAUCAAAAUUUGGGAUGCUUCCAUUGAUGCAAAGGAUAAGUCUACCAAAUUUGAACAGCCCACUAUCAAGAGUGAAUUUCAAAUUAUGUCCGGGCCAAUUAGAUCCAUUGCAUGGGAUGCUGACAAUUCCCGUAUAAUUGCCGUUGGUCAAGGUAAGGAAAAAUUUGGGCAUGCGUUCACUUGGGACAGCGGUAACUCUAUUGGUGAUAUUCAGGGCCACAGCGCUGCUAUUAAUGCCGUGGCUAUCAAACCUCAAAGACCAUACCGCGCAGCCACUGUUGGCGAUGAUUUUGCCUUAGUAUUCUUCAAUGGUCCUCCAUUUAAAUUUGACAAGAGUUUGAGAGGACAUCAUACUAAUGUAGUUAGAGAUGUGAAGUUUAGUCCUGAUGGAGAACAUCUUGUUUCUGUAAGUUCGGAUAGAAGUAUUGUUAUUUAUCAAGGUAAGACAGGAGAAUUUGUCAAGCGUAUUGAAAAUGCGCAUAACGGUGGUAUUUUCGCAGUUGCCUGGUUACCAGAUUCUAAAUUCUUCAUUACCGCUUCCGCUGAUAAUUCGUUAAAGAAAUGGGAUAUUUCCACUUACGAAAGUGUACAAACAUUCACAGUCAGCGAAAAAGUUACUGUUGAAAAUCAUCAAGUUGGGUUAGCUUUAGCUAAGGAGUAUGUGAUUUCUCUUUCUGCCAACGGUAACUUAAACUAUUUCGACUAUUCUGGUAAGUUGGUCGAAGCAGUCAAGGGACACCAAGCACCAAUUACAACUGUCAAAUACGACGAUGACUCAUUGUACACCGGUGGCGCUGAUGGGAAAUUGUUUCAAUGGAGUGUGCAAGAAGAUGGGCCAAGUGCUCUUCCAGAAUCAGCUACUGGUCAUACUAACUAUGUUGUUGAUAUCGUAAAAGUUGGUCUGUCGCAGGUUUCUGUCGGUUGGGAUGACACUUUGAAACUUUGGAAUAAAGAAAAUGUCUCAAAGUCCAUUCAAUUACCAGCACAAGCUAAGCAAUUGGCCAAAACUUCCAAUGGUGUCAUUGUAUUAUUCGAAAAUAAAAUACAAAUAUACACCGAAGAUCUCAGUUUAGUAUCAGAGCUUGAUUUUACAUUUUCAUCCAGUUCUAUUGGCGUGGUUUCCGAUUCCGAAUUAUUGAUCACCAACACUACCACCAACACUAUUGAAGAAUUGAGAAUCGAAUCCAAAUCAAUAACCAAAACAUCUAAAGAAUUCCCAAAGAUGAGAUCUCCUCCUACUUUAAUUGUGGUUUCUCCAUCCAAGGAAUAUUUUGCCGUUGCUGAUGCUGCUGGUAAAUACACUUUGUUCAAGACAUCAGAUGCUAGCGUUGUUACAACUAGAUGGGCAUUCCAUUCUAGUAGAGUUUAUGAUGCUAAAUGGACCCCUGAUUCCAAGUAUUUGAUCAGUGGUGGAUUAGAUAGUGGGUUAUUCCUUUACUCAGUAGAAAGACCUUCUAAAGUGGUUAAGUAUCCAUUAGCACAUCUUUCUGGUAUUUCUGGUUUGGAUUGGUUAUCAUACGAUUCCGAAGCUAAGGACGGUAGAUUUGUAACUACUGGUUUAGAUGGAACCAUUAGAACUUGGGAAGUUAACAUUUCCUCUUAA